AUGGUUGUUGCCACCAUGCCGUGGCUUUCUAGCUCAAUCAAAGGUACUACCAAUCAUACCCUUCAAUUCUUCUUCCAUGAUAAAUCCACUCCUCCCACUCUCCGUAUCCUCUGUUUCGACACUGCUAAAACCAUGGCUGCUCUCAUUUCUCUUUACCGUUCUCUCUCCGACGACGAGAUUUCCAGGCUUCAAAAUGACACCCUUCGUUCUAAGGGUGUUUCUUAUUUGAAUUCACGAGAUGAAGAGUUUCUUCUCAACCUCGCUUGUUCCGAGCGUCUUGAGGAAAUGAACAAUGCUGCUUCCUCUGUUUCUCGUCUCAGCCGGAAAUGUGCCGAUUUGGGUCUCACUCGAUUCGACCUUCUUUUCUCUGAUAUGAAACUUGGCAUCUUUCAUUCCGCUAAAUCUGAUUCCGGUUGCAAGAAUGUUGCUAAGCUUAUUGCGAGGAUGGAGAAGCUGGUGUUUUUGACGUCGGAGCUUCACUCUGCUAUGGAAGGUCUGACUGAAAUGGAGGUUUCUGAGAAGAAACUACAGAAAUGGAAAGCGUUGAGUCCAAAGCAAUUCCCGCCUGUGAAUUUUGAGUUGUUUGAUAAAAAACUCGCGAGUCAGAGGAAAGAUGUGAAGCAUUUCAAGGAAAUUUCGCUAUGGAAUCAGAGUUUUGAUUAUGCCGUUGGAAUGAUGACGCGAUUAGUCUGUUUGAUUUACACUAGAAUUGUUACAGUCUUUGGUCCAUUAGUUCCCGAUCUAGCUUGUUCUUUGUAUCACAACCCACAGAUUCGAAUCCUUAGAGACAGAGUAUGGAGAUGGAAUUUCUACGGCGUAAAUCGAAAAUGCAGCAGCGACAAUGAAUAUAGACUCGUAACACAAUCCGGCCCAAUUCCAAAAAAGGGAAAGAAGGAAUUGGUCCGAUUUCCAAGUGGGAUUAGAGCGAAAGAUGAUAUGGGAAUUGGGUACGGUGAAUUCAAUUCAUCCACACCGGAAAAUAACAGAGUAUACACAUCGGCGCCACCGACGACGGUGGGGGGAUCAGGAUUGUCGAUAAACUACGCGAAUGUAAUACUAUUCGCAGAGCGGUGUCUACAUGCGCCGGCGACGAUAGGGGAUGAGGCACGUGGGGAGCUGUACGAGAUGUUGCCGGCAGGAAUAAAGGAGAAAGUAAGGGCAAAAUUGAGAAGGAACAAUUGGGUGAAGAGAGGAGAAGGAGCAGAGGAAUUGGGAAGCGGAGGCGACGGGCAUUCACUGGCAGCGGGGUGGAGGGAAGCAGUGGAGGAGAUGAUGGGGUGGUUAGGGCCGUUGGCUCACGACACGGUUCGGUGGCAAUCGGAGAGGAAUAUGGAAAAACAGAGGUUUGAUAUGAAUCCGACGGCGUUGUUAAUGCAGACGCUGCAUUAUUCGGACUUGGAGAAGACGGAGGCCGCCAUUGUGGAGGUAUUGGUGGGGUUGAGUUGUAUAUAUAGGUAUGAGAAUCCCCGGCUGCAAUGUCGUCGGAGUUCUGAUCACAUGUAA